UCCAGUUGAGGCAGUGUCAACAGAGCAGUGUGUAGGUUGGACAUACAGGAACACUUCCCUGAAGAAAGGACUCCAACCAGCCGACUACAAACAUGAACACCGAUCCUGUUGUCAUCGUCUCUGCUGCACGGACACCAAUUGGGUCCUUGAACGGUGCUCUGUCCACGGUGCCUCUGCAUGACCUGUGCUCCGUGGUGAUUAAGGACGUUUUGAAGAGAGCGGGGGUCAAGCCAGAUGAAGUCUCUGAGGUUAUCAUGGGACACGUCCUAACUGCAGGUCACGGACAGAACCCGGCACGUCAGGCCAGUGUUGGGGCAGGUAUCCCCUACCCUGUCCCGGCCUGGAGCUGCCAGAUGGUGUGUGGCUCUGGGCUGAAGGCUGUAUGUCUGGCAGCUCAGUCCAUCCAGGCUGGAGAGUCUACUGUGGUGGUGGCAGGGGGCAUGGAGAGUAUGAGCAGGGCUCCUCACACACUGCAAAUGAGAGCAGGGGUGAAGAUGGGUGACGCCUCCCUGCAGGAUUCCAUGGUGGCCGACGGUCUGACGGAUGCCUUUCAUGGCUACCACAUGGGCAUCACAGCUGAGAAUGUGGCAAAGCAGUGGAGCGUCAGUCGAGAGGAGCAGGACCUGUUCGCUGUCCAGUCCCAGAACAAAGUAGAGGCUGCGCAGAAAGCCGGACAUUUUGAUCAGGAGAUUGUUCCGGUCAUGGUGCCGUCCAGAAAAGGUCCAGUGGAGGUGAAGGUUGAUGAGUUUCCUCGUCAUGGCAGCAGCAUGGACAGCAUGUCUAAACUCAGAUCUUGCUUCAUAAAGGACAGCAGUGGCACCGUCACCCCUGGCAACUCAUCAGGUAUAAAUGAUGGAGCAGCAGCAACUAUCUUAAUGAGCCAAUCAGAGGCUGCUAAACGUGGGAUAAAACCCAUGGCCAGAAUUGUCUCAUGGGCUCAAGCUGGACUUGACCCGUCUAUCAUGGGAACUGGGCCAAUACCAGCCAUCAGGAAAGCGGUUGAGAAAGCCGGCUGGCAGCUGGACCAGGUUGACUUAUUUGAGAUCAAUGAAGCGUUUGCUGCCCAGUCUCUUGCUGUGGUCAAAGAGCUGGGUCUGAAAGUAGAAAAGGUGAACGUGAGUGGUGGCGCCAUUUCUCUGGGCCAUCCUAUUGGUAUGUCUGGCUGCAGAGUGCUGGUGACCCUGUUGCACGCACUACAGAGGACCGGCGGCCAUAAAGGCGUGGCAUCCCUCUGCAUUGGAGGAGGAAUGGGCAUCGCCAUGUGUGUGGAGACAGUUUGAGAUGAUAACAUGAUGCUGCUAUACAAAAUGCACUUACAUCUCAUGUUUUUAAAUGGAGAAGGAAUAUUGAAACUGUUUACACUACAGGUACGACAUAUAUAUAUAUAUAUUUGAGGUUUACCUGGGUUCUUCCUGUCACUGUACUUAACGCAAGAGUGAUAGUAUGUAUUGUGAUUGUUGGAUCUUGUCCAACCAUAGUUUGCAAUUCUCACUGUGAAAAACGUCAGCCUUCCUCAGGUUAGCUGUGUAGAAUGUGACUUAAUACAGUGGUUCUCAAAGGGAGGUCUAAGACCCCUGGGGUUCCUCAGCAAAACGGGGACUAACUUCACUAUAAUUCCAUCCAUAAGUAACACAAUUGCAGAAUGUAUGACCAUUUCUUUCAUUGUUUUCAUGCACUUUCUGUAAUAAAACAUUUAAAAUUAAAUGUGAUCAGAUGGAAGACCCUAGGAUAAAAUCUUGUCAAAUGGGGUCCAUGGUCUUAUAUUUUAGUUUAGGGGUCCUUGACAUGAAAACCACUGACUUUAAUAUUAAAAGGAAUUUAGGUCUUAUCACCACAGAAAUGUGAGUCUAGUAUACACUAACAGCUUUCACAUUAAGCCACAGUAACAUGAUAUUAGGUGUGCUAAAUUAGUGACAUAAGGCAAAGAGUUGACACUCUCUAGUUAAAACCAGCUGCAUUCAGUUACCAGUACAACUAAUGUAAAUGACACUAAAUGUAGGAUAAGUUCACAGUAUGGGCAGACUUCGGAAGGCAAGCUAGUUUCUCUGUAUAGUUUUGUAACUACUGGUGUAAUUUAUUUGAAAGUAUACAAUAGAUCUAGCUUGCUCUCAAGACAAAUCUGAUACCUUUAACAUUCCACUUAAUUGACGGACCUUGUUUCUCUGAUCAAUUGUGCAGACAGCAGCCUUCGAAUACAGUGCCAUGACAUUAAGUAUGCUAGCCUUCUUUACCAGAGUGCUUCCUGUACAUAGCCAGAUGUUAUGAAAAUGUUUUCCCUCUACUGUAGCUGCUGAAUAUAUCAAUAAAAGAACUGUAAGCCAUA